CUGCCCUGGAGCAGAAUGGAGGAGUCUGACCUGUUGAAAGAGAGGCUACAGGCCAUCACCGAGAAGCAUCGCAUUCAGGAAGACAUCAGGCAGAAGAAACUGGAACUGGACCAAGAGAAACUCAGAGUGCAGCAUCUAAAGAAAAAAGCCCUGAGAGAGCAGUGGCUGCUACAGGACUCAGCUUCCCACAAUGCCCCACAGCGGCAGAGCCUUCUGUCUGACCAGCAGCAGACCAGAGCUCUGCAGCUCAACAUCCACAGGAUAGAGAGGGAGGUGGAGUCUCUGGAGAGGGAGGAGUCUGUGAUCUCCACCAAUGAGAGCUUCAUCCUCAACAGACUGAAGGCUGUGGAGAAACGUCCAGAGGACAUCAUCAAGGAGGCCCAGAACAGCUUUGCUCCUGAGCCACUGCAGGCCGCUACAGUGAUCCCCGAUGUCCCAGAAUCCCUCUCUCCGCCAGCCGACAGACACUCUGAACCAAACACACCAAGAAAGACUCUGUUUGCCAUGGAGAUCAACGUGACGAAAAACCUGUCGACUGGGGAGAGCACAGUACUUUCUACUGCAACAGUUCCCCCAGAGGAGCUAGACCAGCACGCCGGGCUCAAGGUUUACGAUGACGGCAGGAAGUGUGUUUAUGCCCUGAAUUCCCCAGAGGGGUCACAUGACCAGAGCCAGUUGUCUGAGCUGUCAGCCGUCGAGGUGGAGCAGUUGCUGCGAAGCGCCACGCUGCAUCGCCAAGUAAACCACAACUACCACCGAAAUCACGGCAGAAGGGAGGAGCACUGCUUUUACAACCGCCAAGACGAAAGAGACAGAGUGGAGGGGUGUGACUUCAGAAAGCAGGGAGGACAUUAUUCUAAUCCUCUCGUCAGAACCAACGUGGUGGAGAAAGACUUCAGCUGGCAAAGGAAACCAGGGGUAGAGCAUCGCUGCGGUCACCAAGAAAGCCAUUAUAGACGGCAGGAAGAGAGAAAAAACCAAAGCAAACUGAGCGAAGGCAAUCGCAUGGGAACCCACAAGGCGUUUGGACACCACUAUGGUAACCAGAAAGAGCGUUACUACAGCUCGUACCAGGUGAGACACUGUCACAGUGUUCAGGAAGAUCGGCCUGCCAGCCAUCAGGGCAUCAUCAGAAGCAAUACUAGGGUAAAUGGAGCCAAUGGCUGCGCUCCUCCCAGGUUACAUGAUCAGGAAGUAGCGUCCGCCUAUCAACCACAGCUGUGCUACACUCCGGCCAGCUAUAUUCCUCUUAGUGAUUACAUCAGUGUGGACGAAGAAGAACUUUACUGCUACACCCCACCGUCCUAUCACAGCCACGAUGGAAACCCGCCCACUGCUUUGCACAGUGGCCCCACCCACUCUGACAGAAUGCCCUCCCCCCUCUACGCAGACGACACCCCUUACAGCGUCCUCAAGGCCAUGGAGACCACCGAGCCAAUCACAGCCAUCUUCAUGGGCUUCCAGACGGCGCAGGAUGACAGCGGGCAGGGCCAGGAGUUUGAGGCCUCCAUGAAGGCAGAGCUGGUCAUCAUCGAGGACCACGAAGACAACGGUGACGGCAUGAAGGGGAAGACCAGACACGCCCGGCUUGGGGGCAAUAGUUACCCAACAGGAAGUUCAGCCAAUGGAGACGUGGGACGUGUGGAGGGAGUUGGAGACAUCCGGGUGGGACCAGGUAUCAGAAAGAUCCAGAAAAAACACAAACCCUGCUGUACUGUCUGCUAACCGGACUAACUAAUGCACGAGUGUAUCAAUCUACUAACCUAAUGACCGACUGCAAAACGCUUUCAUUUCACAUUUUGGUGCUUAAAAUGAACUGAAUACGAGGCUGGAUGUUCGAACUCACUGACUGACUCCUCCAUAUUUAAAUGUGAAGAUCUGAAGUCACCAUCAGAGCCCCGCUCCAUUCCAGACAUGGGUAAUUAGUUCAGUUAGACUUUCAAAAUAAAACUAGUGAUGAAAUGUCGCAGUUCGGUACGGUUUAGGCACCAAAACUACAUGAUUUGAUAAGUUUUCUGGUUAUAUAACGGACUUUUAGAGUUGAACAAUGGCGUUGAACAAUGGCGUUAAACGGCGCAAUGUAUGUUGGUACCAGAGACCGAAGAACAUGACAAAGCGUACAUAUGGCUUGAAGUACAUGACGUGAGGACUCCUGGCGUUACAGUUUUUCUCAGUCGCUUUGGUGCAUUUCUCAGUUCAGAAUUGAAAUUCUCAAAACUACGUGUUCAACCUCCACAUCAUCUCGUCACUUGUGCUCAUCA